AAAUCUAUUACAUUUAUUGAGAAUCAAGAGCACUAACUAUGGCAAAUGAAUGGAAGGAGCCUGAUUGGUUACAUCAGGAUGAUGAAGACUUCGAAGCUUUAAUAAGAGCCGAGCUAAAUGAGGACGAAGAUGCUCCUCUUGAUGACUUUCUCCUCCAAGAACAUUAUGAAGAUCCUGAGCUUAGGACUUCGUCAGAAAUUCAUUUGGCCGAGGGGUUAAGUUCUGAUAAGAAGCUGUGUGAAAAACUGAAAAAAGAUCUUCAAUGGGUGAGCUUCGUGCGGUUUGUCAAAAAGAAUCGUCGAGAGAUUUUGGGACGUGGAUAUGAAACUCCUCAACAGUGUUAUUAUGCUUACAAUCAUUAUAUCGAGAGCUGCCGCCGUAAUCCAGGAGUGCCAUGGAAACUGCCUCACAUUCGAGCUAUGAUUCACCCUGACCUGGAGAAAAUAAGGUACCCAGCCCCAAACGAAGAGCUGACGGAGCAGUUUAAAGCGUACGUUUACUACGCUCUAAUGGAAGAGUCAGAUGUACCAAAUCUGCAGAUGGUAGUUGGGAACUCAGCUUCUUUUAACGAGUUUCUUGAGUACGCUAAACACUAUCAGUUAUGGAACUUUAACUGGGCUACACUCGUUGAUACGUACAUGAGGGUCAAGAUCGCUCGGGAGAUGGGGGAUUACGCUGACGGCCGGGGACCGUUUCAGGAGGGUCACAUGGUACCGUCUCCUGAACAGCGAAUGAGGUCACGAAGUCUUGAAAAGUUGGCACGCCAGACUGCACUGGUAGAGGAAAGCAAGGUGGAACAGUGGCUGAAUCGGAACAAGGAUCGAGCAUUGGACUAUCUUCGAGCUAGGAGGCAUCAUGAACAUGCCAGGAGAUACGAUCCUACUUUACCUGAGUUUAAUCAGGCUCCUCCUGCUGGAAUGGAGAGAAUUGCUAGAACUCAAAUGGAAUAUGAUGUGUACAAUGAAGAAAAGUACAAAGAUCAAGUUGAAGAAACAACGUACUUUGCAUAUUAUGACGAGGCUGGUUACGACUAUCUAGCACUGUUGGGAGAAGGAGGUGAGGAUGGUGUUUAUAACAACCCCGGUGUUCUACCAGAGAUGGGACAACUGUACCAGGAGAGUCUUGUGGAUCCUGAUGUUUUGAGAUAUGAAAAGCAGAGGCAACAAAGAAUGGAACGACUUCCUGAUGCUGUGCCCUGGCCCAAGAGACACCACAAGGAACCCGACCAAAUCUUGGUAACAGAGCCAUUUGGCAAGGUAGAAGGUAGAUAUCUGACAAGAGUUAGAGCACAUGGACCAUUUCCUGAGGGAGAACUGAUCAAAGCAACCAGUGACGAUCUCUUGGCACGCAUAAGUCUGCUUUCUUUGGCGCAAGAAGUGUCAAACACGGAUCACAACACGGAAAUUGAACGGAGAAGACUCCUACAUGACAUGGAUUUGGUUGUUAGAUACAACAAAAAGUUGAUCGCUAUAUUCCAGGAUGUUAUCGAUCAUAUUGGACCAGACACCGCUGCUCCUCCAACAGAAUGGGACUUCUUGGGGGCCCAACAUUACCUGACGAACAAAAAGAUUGAGUUUGAGAAAUGGGAGAGAAUAGCAGCUGUAAAGUCUGGAGCGAAAGAGAGGGAGGAUCUGUUCACGUAUUACGGAGCAGUGAACCAGCACAUUCACAACACUGCACGUGACAUAGCACACGAGGCACAGUACACCAUGCAGCAGCUUGAAGCCUUCGUUAAGACAGUUCAAGGAGCUGACCAGGAUCUCAUUAUGACUUGGUUUGAGGACGCUGUCGGUCCUUCUUGCAGACAAUACGUAGCUGAUCUCAAACAGAAGGAACAACAAAUUGUCAAUUUGAUGAGAGCUAUGGAGAAGGUCAAAGUUUAUAAAACUUUGAUGACUUACAAGAACACCAAAGCUCAAACUUUGUUCGAUGACGAUAUCUACCAUGAGAUCGUUAAGUUGAACAGAGAAAUCGAAGGACUGAAGGAUGGAAUAUCUCACAAGGAGAGGAAAAUAGAUGUUGCGGGGAAAUCCAGAGAUUUUGUUAAAAAGCAGGUCCAGGAUACUGACAAGUCAUCCGAAAAGUUCAUAACUCAGGUACAAGCUCUGGAAGUCUACAUGGCCAGCAUUAACCGCAAUAUUGAGGCUGAGAAAAAGACUGCUCAAAGAAUUGAAGCGCAGGCGAUGCAAUUGGAAGAUGAGAGAAAGAAAAACGAAGCUGAAUUGAAGACACAGGGCAUCCCAUGGGAUGAACCCAAACCAGGUGACAUGGAACUUAUAAAGGACACCAAAGAACUUCUUGAGGCUACCAAUGCCAAACUCCUUUCUGAUCUCACUCUUGUGGAUAGAGAAAUCGCGGAAUAUGAAGCAUUGGUUGCCAAGAAAAUUAACAAAAUUGCACAGAAGAAGGACGACGUAAAACAUACAGAGAGUAUGGUAAAAGUGUAUGAGAAACAGAAAGGAGCAAAAGAACUGUUCCUGACAAAAAUACACUACGAAAAUGCAGCUGAACGAGAGAAACUGGCCGAACAGCUCGCCAAGAAAGUCCGGGUGAAGGCUAAUGUGCUUCUCCAACAUUACAAAGAUCACUACCAAUCUGAAGAAUGUAACGCCUAUCGAGGCGAGCCCAACCACGAGGCUAACCUUGCUAAAGAAUACAAUCAGUUCAUGGACCAAUAUCAAAGGAAACUACAAGAAUUGUCCGGAAAUAUCGAGAACUACAAAGAGUUGAAAGGCAAGUGCGAACAGUUAAACGGUGUGGUUAAGGCGGCAUCUAAUGAGGCACAGAGUUGGAGGAAGAUGGCGGAUGGUCAGAGGAAGAAAUACGUAGAACUGAACAAACGAUGCAGACAAGCUACCAAGAAACUGAAAAAGGAAGCAACCAGGAAGGAUGAGUUAGGAAAGGUACUGGGUAAAACUGAGAAGCGUGCAGCAGAGAAUGAAAAGUUCAAGCUCCAUGCAGAGGAAGCCAUCCAAUGUGCAAAAAAAGCUACAACGGAACCAACAGAGACAUCUUUCUCGAUGCAGCUUGAUAAAGUCAAGGCAUUGACUUUUGAGAACCAAAAGAAGCAACUGAAUGUCAAGAAAGCAAGGCAAGACAUGAGGAAGAAAGCAAACAACUUCAGAAAUUUGUUGAGAACCAUUAAUUAAAAUUGUAAACGUGAAAUUAUUUUUUAAAGAUCUAACUAACUAUCAUGGGGUGCACAGAAGUUAUCUAUUAUGUAAUAAUGUUAUUUGAGAAUAAA